ACGCGGUGGGGUAUCUUUUAGGAAUUAUCCCGAAUAAUAUGCUUCUCACCUACUUCAAGCCCGGAAGAUUUUUCCCAUUCAUGAUUGUGGCUUGGGCUUUGCUUACCAUUUGCAACGCUGCUGCCGGAAGACCCCAACACUUGAUGGCAAUCCGCUUUUUCCAAGGAUACGCCGAAUCUUGUAUCUUCGCAGGAACUCAAUAUGUUCUCGGGUCGUGGUAUACCAAGACAGAACUAGGAAAGAGAACUGCCCUCUUCACUGCUAGUGGAUUGGCUGGUGGAAUGUUUGGUGGAUUCUUGCAAACUGGAAUCUACCGGUCGAUGAACGGACUUGCUGGGUUAUCGGGAUGGAGAUGGCUUUAUAUCAUUGAUGGAAUCAUCACCCUCCCGGUAGCUGUUUAUGGUUACUUCUUCUUCCCCGAUGUUCCCGCCACGACCACAGCCCCUUAUUUCAACGAAGAGGAAAGACGGUUAGCGAGAGCUCGGGUUCCAGAAGUCGAGGGAACUCGUAUACUCAGUAUGGAAUUCGCUAUGAAGGUUUUCACAUCGUGGUACUUUUAUGGCUUCGGAUUCCUAUGGAUUCUGGGGAAUUGCUCCGAGUCUUUAGGUAAUCAAUCACUCAUGAACCUUUACAUGCAGGGACAUCCGGAAAACCAUUACACCGUCACCCAACUCAACAACUACCCCACAGGUAUACAAGCCGUCGGAAUAGUUAGCACACUCAUAUGGGCGCUUUGCACCGAUAUCUUCGGUAGACGAUGGAUAUCUGGAUACUAUGUAGCGGUUACAGCAAUCUGUGUUGGCAUCCUUCUCCUCGUCCCCAAUGUUCCAACAGCAGGGAAGUUCGCCGCAUACUACUGGUCCGGUUCGAUUUACUGUAUCCAAGGGACCUUCUUCGCAUGGGCCAACGAUUCUAUGAGAUACCAGCCAAUAGCUCUUCGAGCAGUCGUUAUCGCUUGCAUGAAUUUCGGAGGAAAUGUGUUCCAGGCCUGGUGGCCGUUGGUAUUUUAUAGGGCUGAUGAUGCGCCGAACUUCACGAGGGGUAUGUACGGCCUAAUCGGUAUCGGAGCCGUCAUGGGUAUUUGGGUAACAGUGAUGUUAUAUAUGGAGAGACAUCAUGCUAAAAGGCAGCUGGACAUGAACAUCAUCGACGCUGCCGAGACGGCUAACAGUGAUAUUACGAGCCAGCGGUCUGCUACUGGGGGUAACAAACCUGUGGAUAGCAAAGUUUAGGGACCCGGGAAGAGAUACGGUAUAGGAACGAAUGUUUUCGGUAUAGGCUAUGGGGUUGAAAGGAUUUCUAGAAAAUUCAAUAUUCUUGAUAAUAUCUUGUAUUAAAGAGUUGAGC